UUCAAAGUGACAUGUGAGUUGCCAAAGAUAUUUUUCUCAAAGAAUUUGAAAAUUGUAACAGGGAUGUUUGGAGUAUCUGAUAUGUAAAACAUAACUCUGGAAGCUUAACUGCAGACACCAUUGUGUAGUAAGUAAUAUGCUUCUCUUGUCAUUCAAUUUACAACUACUUGAUGCCUACUUGGUGAUUUUGGCAGGUGGUGAUAAAUCAAUUCUGUGCAUCAAUCAUGUUAACAUUCUUUGCGGCUCUGCUUCAGUUCAGCUGGUGGUGUCACAGAAGUAUCAUUUUUUAUGUCUUUGUUCCCAAUGUCACCUUAGGCAGGACAAAAAAGGCAUUAUUUACACCAACCACUGAACUGCAGGUUUGUCACUAUUUUGUUUUCAGUGCAUGAAAAAUACCCUAAUGGACUUCUUAUUUAAAUAUGCUCUAUUUGUUAACUCCCUUAAAAUUAGGUUGUAGCAGGUUACAGCACUUGACCAACUAAAGGUGCCAAUACAAAUCCUGAUGGACUGUUAUUUUUUACGUUUAAUGCUUCCAACCUUUAAGAAAAAAUGAUGGCAUUUGCAACUGGUUUAUGGAGUGGAGAUGUGGACGAAGCUGACACAGCUACAGAGGUUACGGAGGAAAUAUGAUGAAAGAUUAAACUUAGACACAAAGAUCACUGCCACUAGAAACUAGAACAGUUUCAAGACUGAAUUGCAGAAGUAUGGAGACAAUCUGGAUGGUAGCACCCCAUUCAGCUAGAAGAGCUUUACACUGGGUAAACAACAAAAACCUAGCCCUCCAAAACUGUUGACUUUAUAACAACAAUCUCUGAAAAAAAACAUUGUACAGAGGUCAUAAGAAAGAACAUGCAAUAAAUGUUACAUGUAAAUCUACUGCAACACCAAAGAACCUUAUUGUCAUGCCUUAUGGGCCUAUUGAGAGAUAA